UUUUUCGGAUUGUGAUUCAAUAUCUCAUCAAAAAAGCACCAUGGUAUCUCGGACAAAUGAUAUUUUCAAGGUCAAUGUUACGGUUUCAAGAACGAAUAAGAACCAAGUUCUGGCCGUGCUUCUCAUCUGUGUGUGGUACCACUCCGGGGUUCUGGCUAGCAGUAAACCACAGUGUGAUGAUGUCAAUGACGAUAAUAUUCUGAACCGUAACAUUCGCAUUGUGUCUUGUUGUGUGGAUUGCAAAUUGGAACUCCACGUCUGUAUGACUGCCUGUCGGAAGGAAGUACAUGAACGACUGCUACUUUUGCCUUGUGAAAUGGAGUGCCGUGCGGAGUUCACGGAAUGCGAGGUGUGGUGUCAAAUACACACACCUUCUCCGGUUUGA